UAAUACAAUUUGUUUCAGAACUGGUGUUGGCGAUUCUGUGGGUUUUUGAAGAUGAUGCUGCAAAUACUUGUUCUUGCUGCUUUGUGCUCCAAAGCUCCCGCCGCUAUUACGUACCAAAAGUGCUUGGACAGUGCAAAUACAGCUUACGCAGCGGAGGCACUCGACUGCGACGAUCAAAUUCCAACUUGCGAAGAACUUUUCGUAGCUUCAGGUGAAACAAAACCUACUGUGAGUGGGACCAGUGAUAGGCCUAUUAAAUGCUAUAAGGACUCUUCUGCUACAAAUGAGACAAUAGUCAGUGUCGCUACGAAAAUAUGCCCGAAAACUUGUGGUCUGUGCUGCUUAACAGCCAAGUUCGACUGUAAUGAUAAUGAAGAUUUCGAUUGCGAUAAGGUGAAGAAACAGAAUCAGUGCAAGGAUCCGUGGAAGUCGCAGUUGAAUUUGGUAGACAACUGUCCAAAAACGUGUGGCCUGUGCGAAGAGAGGAACGGAGACUGUCAAGAUAGAGAGCCAAAUUGCGACAAGAGUCAGUGUAAAAACACAGAUUUCCAACCAGCAAUGAAGGUAAACUGCAAAAAGACCUGUGAUUUUUGUGAGGAAGAAACAACAGCAGCUGCUACUACUGCACCGGCACAAAAGACUGAGGAGACCACAGCGCCAGCGAAAACAGAACCUACCACUACUCCCGUUUGCGGAACGGACACGAGAUGUGAUAAAUGGUAUUGCGGAAAAGCAUGCGGAAGAUGCUAA